AGAGGUUUGAAUCCACUCUCUGGCCCCAGUCGCCGCCAUGCUGAGCUGAGGGGAGAGCGAACUCACCAGACCUCUGUCACGCAGCAACACUCCACCUCCACAAACACCGGGACACCGAGAGGAGCCAACCCCGCGAUCACCGUGUUGACUUCAGUCCCAGGGCCUCCUCGACCGUUUCCAUCUGCGUGAAGAAAAGUGAAAAGAAGUUUUAAUGUAUCAGUAUUCGCUCGCCGAUGCCAUGACGGACAACUUGAGGAUUUUAUAAUUCUCUCCGGAGGAAGAGCGUCGCAUCUUGUAAGGAGCCACAGAGGAAACUUCACCAUUCCGAAGUCAUCAGAGUCUAAUAUGGGAUUUGGCGUGCUGGGAGUGUUUCUGGGUCUGCUCCUGGAGGUCUCCACCCACGGGCCCCACGCUGUGCCACGAACGUCCUGGAGACACCAAGAUUUAGAUCUGUUGGAGUUUUCGGAGCCCGGGAUCUACAACUACUCUACGUUGCUGCUGAGCGAUAAAAAGGAUGCGCUGUAUGUCGGAGCCAGGGAGGCCAUCUUCCAGCUCAGCAAGAAGAACGUGACAGUCCGGAACAACAAGGUUGAUUGGACAGUUGCAGAAAACCCCUUGUUGAUGUGCACGCUUAAAGGAAAAUCCAAAGAGAAGGAUUGUCUUAACUACAUUCGAGUUCUCCAAGCGGUAGAUGACGAGCGGUUGUACGUCUGCGGCACGCACGCCUUUCAACCUCGGUGUGAUUACUUGAACCUCGCCGACUUCUCAUUGGACGGUCGGGCUGAAGAUGGCCGGGGACAAUGUUCCUUUGACCCGUCGCAGAGCUUCACCACCGUCAUGGUCGACGGAGUGCUGUACUCUGGCACGGCUUUUAACUUCUUAGGAAGCGAACCGAUUAUUUCCAGAUACUCUCCAGACCAGUCCCUGCUCCGAACGGAGUACUCCACGUCGUGGCUCAAUGAGCCCAGUUUUGUUCACGCCGACGUGAUCAGAGAAGGGAGGAACCAAGCAUAUGGCGAGGACGACAAAAUCUACUACUUUUUCACCGAGGUGUCGGUGGAGUACGAAUUCUUUGGCAAGCUGCUCAUCCCCAGGGUGGCCCGCGUCUGUAAGGGCGACCUCGGGGGUCAGCGCACUCUGCAGAAGAAGUGGACGUCCUUUCUCAAAGCUAAGCUGGUGUGCUCCAUGCCCGAGCUCAACUUCGUCUUCAACGUAGUGCACGACGUCUUCAUCCUGAAGGAGUCCGACUGGAGGGACACGGUCAUCUACGCCGUCUUCACCUCCCAGUGGGGUAACGUGGGCCUGUCAGCAGUGUGCGCUUAUAACAUGACGGCUGUGGAGGACGUCUUCUCCAAGGGCAAGUACAUGCAGAAGGCCACAGUGGAGCAGAGUCACACCAAGUGGGUGCGCUACAAUGGCAUCACUCCUUCUCCACGUCCUGGAGCAUGCAUCAACAACUUAAUGCGACAGCAGAACAUCAGCAGCUCCCUCCACCUGCCGGACAAGACCCUUCAGUUUGUGAAGGACCACCCCCUGCUGGAGGACCCUGUCCUGCCCAUCGGCAACGGCCCUUGUCUCAUCACCAAAGACGUCAACUACACCCAGAUCGUUGUGGAGAGGGUCCGGGCGCUCGACGGGAACGUUUACGACGUCAUCUUUACCGCAACAGAUAAGGGCAUCCUGCACAAGUCGGUGGUGUACGAAGGAGACGUUCACAUGGUGGAGGAGAUCCAGCUUCUAAAGAACCCGGAGCCCAUCAAGAACUUACUGCUGUCAUCUGAGACACGAUCCCUGUACGCCGGUUCGGACUCCGGCGUGGUCCAGUCACCCACAGCGUUCUGUGGCAGGUAUCCGUCCUGUGAUGGCUGCGUCCUGGCACGGGACCCGUACUGCGCCUGGGACCGCCGCACCGCCACCUGCGUCAACAUCUUAGAUGCUCCCAGCCCACAGCAUGGGAAGCUGAUCCAGAGCCUGAAUGGUGACGCAGACAAGUGUCCUUCAGUGUCAGGUCUGUUGCUGAAGGACUACCAGCAAGUGAAGGUGAAACCGGGGAGCUCUGUCGAGCUGCCCUGCCUGGUCCACUCCAACCUGGCCCAUGUGAUGUGGAAAUCCAACAGCUCGGUUCUCACCGAGGCCUCUCGCUUUCACCUCAUAGGUGAAAAUGGUCUCCUCAUUUACAGCGUGGCACCAGAGGAUCAAGGUCACUACGAGUGCUGGUCCGUGGAAUGGGCCGCCGCUGCCGGUAAGAACUUCAGUCGCCUCCUGGCUGGAUACGUCCUCACUCUGGAUCUCCCGACCAGAGCCCCACACCAGGCGGGCCACCGCACCACCACCCCUGGCAGCCACGAGACACCCAGCUCCGCUGAAGCCUCCUCUCCUGUCGACACUUCAUUCUCCCUGUCUGGAAGUAGAACUCCCUCUGUCCUCCCUUCUUCCUCCUCCUCUUCCUCCUCCACCUCCUCCUCUACCAAGCCCCACAGUGUGGAGGCUCGGGAGGCAGAGGUGAGACUCUUGCCUCCCUUGCUAAAGGACCAGGCCUGGGGGGUUCACGCCCACGAGGCCUUCCUGCUUUUCUGCCUCGCCCUGGGUCCCAGUGAUGUCCACAUUCACUGGCUAAUAAACGGACACAGUCUGAACACCCCCAUAAUGGAGUACCGCCAGCCGCUGGGUCAGAGAGAGGUGCUCGUGAGCAGCUGGCUCCGAGAGGGGCCGCUGAUCAAGGACGCCCGUUACCAAUGUGUCGCUGAGGCCAGCACAGGGAAUGACAUGUCUGAGGUGGACCUCCGCCUCACUAUUGGAGAUGAGGAGAGCGUUCCAUCCAGGGAUUUGAACCAGUGGAGAGGAGCACUCACAGAGCAUGAGCAGCUGCUAAAACGAUGGGAAGAGGCCUGGUAUAGCUCUGCUCGUCCCUCCACAGGACAGCUGUGACGGCCACUGAGCUCCGUGAAGACGCAGUGAGCUUCACUCAUGUGGGCUGAACCUAGGCGUGAACAUGGUCCUCAGCCCAGGUGGAGCAUGCUUUUGCCACUGACACCAUCAUAAACUGCUACAAUACACAAAGAUCGUCCCAGUGUCACUUCCUGUGUAGGAGUUUGAUGGACAAUGAAGCAAGGAAUUUACACCUGCAGGGGCUCACCUGCUCGUGAUGAUGGACGGGUGAUGGGACUCCUAACCCAAACCCGGCGAGGAGAUGGAGCUCAUUGGUGGACUCGAUCUGGGGAUGUGUGGGCUGCCCUCCCACCAAAGAUGCAUUUAUUUUUAUUUUCAUUAAUGUAAUGAACGUCCUGAAAGUGGCACUUGUAUGGAACAGAUGGUAUAUAAGGGAAGCUGAUAAAUAUAUGUACAUGAUGUAGCAUCUGGAGCAGCUCAGGCCUGUUCAUAGUGUGAGUUAUUUAUGAUGUUUGUACCUGCCAACGCCUGUUUGGUCCUUCACAGCUGCAGUGUGAAUGUGUCCCUUGAGAUGAUAGUGUCUUUAACCUUUAUCGGACAUAUUGGAUAGUCGAGGCCCAGGCUUAUUCAAAGGAUUCAAUCCCAGGAAUAGACGGGCUAACUGAAAAGUAUUUUCAAGCAGUUAGAAUAGCUCUUUAUUUGACAUUUAGAUAGAGGAUGUCACCAUAUAUGGAAUUCAGAUAAAACCACAGCAUCCAAAAGGAAUUUAUCCACACUCUUUGUCUGUAGUCAGUGUUUCUUCAAUUAAAACUGUGACUGAGUUUUUGAAACAGAAUUAAAU